AUCCCGUACCUUCCGGCAGCGCCUUCUCCCACUUUGCGAACUCACCACCCCAAAACCCAAACCCUAGCUUAGCUCCCUCCCACACUCAGCAGCUCUCGCCGCCGCCGUCGCUUACUCCUCCCAUGGCGCGCCUCCACCUCGUAGCCGUGGCCAUAGCCGUGCUCUUCGCCGCCGCCACCGCUCAGGCCCCCGGCGCCUCCCCGACGCCCGCCCCCAGGGCCCAGCCUACGCCGCCGCCGCCGCCACCUCCAGCCCCGGCACCUGUCUCCCCUCCGGCGCGUCCUCCGACGAUGGCUCCACCGACCUCCGCCCCCACGCCGGCUCUGGCUCCCAAGGCCGCCGCCCCCGCCCCGGAGUCCGUCAUCUCGUCACCCCCGGCGCCGACCCCAGGCUCGAUCGCUCAGUCCCCGACAGACGCCCCGACGACCUCUCCUCCACCGCCAAACGCCGCCUCCGGACUCGCCCCCGCCUCCGCCUGGGCCUUCGCCGCCACCGUAGCAGCCGUCGCAGUCUUCUACUGAGAUCUGGACCCCCACUGAAGCCGAGAUCCUCGCCGCCGCCGUAUCACCGCCACCGCCAUUUACUCUCGUUAAUUUAUUAUUGUUUAGCUAUUUAUUGUUGCUCUUUUGGGACACCCGGCCCGGUUGCUGUCAUGAUCCAUUCAGAUUUAGCCUAGGAAGUACUCAGAUCUAGCCCGUGUGAGUGUGUGUGUGUGUGUGUGUGAGGGAUAUGAUAGUAGACACUACUGCCGUUGUAUAAUUCCUCAGUUUUUUCUUCUUCUUCCGUAGCGGGAUUCUUUCUACAUCUCUAUUAGCAGUACCAGUACUAAUAUCUUACUAUUCGAUUUGCUUGA